GUUAGACACAUCAAAUCAGUUCUCAGUGCUAGCGCACAAAUUCCAAAAUGUUACAAGUGCUGCUCUGUCUUUUGCUGCUUUGGCAGGCAGCCCAGGGCUUCAUUAUAACUGUGGAUGCACAUGAGACAGUGUGUUUUUAUGAUCGGGCCGUGGAGCAUGAUAAGAUAACCAUUACGUUCGAGGUAAUGGAGGGUGGCUUCAAGGACAUUGGCGUGGAGAUAACGGCACCCAACGAUGAUAAGCUAUUCCAUACAGAGGCGGAGAGCAAUGGCCGCUACACAUUCUCGGCCAGCAAGCAUGGCCUGUAUACGCUCUGCUUUGACAAUGAACGCUCGACGCUGACGCCCAAGGUGCUCAUGUUUCAGUUUAUGGUGCUCAAGGAUCUGGGCUACUAUCAGGAUGCAGAUAAGCGCACAGACGAUGUGCUGGAGCAGUCGGCACUGCAGGAGCAAAUCAAUGCUUUGUCGAGCCAAAUGAUGGGCAUUAAGCAUGAGCAGGAGUACAUGCAUGUGCGUUACAGUGGUCACGAGCAUUUGAGCGCCAGUGUGCAUUUUCGCAUUGUCAGCUGGUCUGUGUUUGGGCCUAGUUUGCUGUUGGCCAUGGCGCUGCUGGAGAUUUAUUAUUUGAAGCGUUUCUUUGAGGUAAAGCGUGUCGUUUAAGCAACAAUUAAAAGGAAAUUAAGUUGAACUCUUAAGCCGCAAGUCAAUUUGUUUUUGGCCGCACAGUUAACCACACAGCACAAUUUGUUGCACAUUUCAUGCUUCAGCAGCCAUAAAAGUUUCAACAGACAGACACACAGACUGUCAUAUAAACUAACAGGCAGACAUUCAUGCACAAAGUAUCUACAACUUGGCGCUCAAGUAUCCAUAAAGUUCACUUCACCUAUAAACUGUGCCCACAUUGGAUUAGCACAAAUUUAUGUCGCCUGUGUGCGCACACACACACACACACACCCACACAUACAUAUGCGCAC